AUGAAUUUAUGCCUUUUUUUCUGGUUCUUGUUGGCAAGUUUUGCGAAUGCCAACACUGAAACGUACCAGUUCCAUGUUCCCAAGGAUUUCCCACACUUGGGUGAUGCAUACGUACCGACGAUUCCUUAUAUAAGUUUGUGGAAUACUACGUUUAAUACGCUAUCACUUAAUGUUUCGCCUAGCAAUACAUCUGUUGUUGAGGUGGUAGGGUUACAUCCUAACGAGAAGUAUGCAGUAAAAGUGUGCUGGACGGCCGCUGAUCCCAUUUCAAUCAAUUCAAUUAGACAUCAUAUCAUCCCACAUGAUACAGAAUUUGAAGGUACUGUAGUAGAUCAAACAAGGGUUGUUCUGCUUGUUGAAACGGAAGCCUUCUCUUAUCCGGUUCUAUCAGAUGAUGUGAAGAUUGACAUCAGUAUAGCAAGUGUGAAGCUUGGAAUACCAGUUGAUCUGUAUUCCAUAGUUAUAUACCUUGCGCUCGUAGUACUGGGUUCAGUCUUUGUGCUAUCACGUAUUGAUAUUCAUAAGAUACUUGAUAUGUGUAGGGAAGAUAAGCUCACUUCGGAUAAGUCUAGUUAG